AUGGUAAACUCGUUGGUUAAUUCCCCCAAUUCGGGACUUGAGACAGGAGAUGCUUCUAAUAUUAAGGAACCUAUAGCGUCACCACCAAUUCCAAUAACCGGUAAUAAUAAUCAUGCUAAAUACGAUCAAAUAUACAUGGGAGACUCUGGCAUGGAUCCAUUGGACUACGCUCCUCCAAUUGUUCACAACCUGCUGUAUUUAAGGCAGUACAACAAGCAGCAACAGCAGCUUCAACAACAACAGAGGCUCUUAUUCAUACAGCAACAACAAUUACAACAGUUGCAACAGCAGCAACAACACGUACACUUACAACAAUACCCACAGGACCAACCUACUAAUGCUGGAUACAACACCAUUUAUAGCAACCUACAGGGUAUCGCUUCGGCCGACAAUAUCAAAAAAAAUAUACAACCAUCCACAAAUCAGCAUUCAAUCUUUAACUUCGACGAUGUUUCAUCGUUAGGUCUCAUCGACUCUCAGUACUCCAAACCACAAUCUGCCGACUUUACUUAUAAUAAAUUCGAUUUUGACCUAGCAAACCCUUCAUUAGAAUCUAUACCAGAUUCAAUCAGUAAUCCGUUUGAUUACUCUGGAUCUCUAGCACCAACUCCCCAUGCUCACACUGGAAUUAGCCACUCUCCAUAUAAUGCCGCCAUCAACGACACUUUUACGUCCUCAUUAUCAGAUACUUCAAGUUUCACUCCAAAUUCUGUACCUGAAGAGUAUUUUAGACCUAUGAUGGGUUCAUCUUUAAAACAUCUGACUAGUUUGUCAGCAUUUCCUCCAGUAACUAAGACUAACAAUUCGAACUCUAAGAUCAACAAAAAGUCAUUGAACGAGCUUAACACAUCUUUAGAUAGUAAGAAGAAUCUAAUGAUGCCAACAAAUUUUGCAACAUCGACCACAAGCUCUUCUCCAUCUAUCGAAUCACCUGGCUGGGUAGGUGUUUCUCCCAUAUACAGCAGGUACAAAGGGGUUGAUUUUAGCGGUAAUACUAACUUACGCGUUGAUCCUCAAACACCUAACCCAAAAAUAGUACAUCAUAACUCUGAAAGUUUCCCAUCUUCUAGUAAUUCUCAACGUCAAGAAGAAGGAAGGAGAAAAACUUAUCCAUUAUUCAAUGAAUUCCUGGUGUCAACACUGGAGAGACUGACUCCUAACAAGAGUACACAUAGUUUAUUGAGUACCAGCUCUGCUCUAGACAAACCUAAGAAGUAUACCAGAAGGAGGUUACUUCCAAGAUCAAAAAAUGGAUGCUGGAUUUGUCGAAUAAAACAUCUAAAGUGCGAUGAAGCUAGACCGAUUUGUACUAGCUGUGCAAAACUAGGGAUUGAUUGUGAUUAUUCGUCAGAAAGGCCAGAUUACAUCACUGACAAGAAUUUAAAGAAGGAAAAACUAGCUAGCAUAUCUAUCAUCAGAAAACAGAAGCAACCAAAUAAUAAAUACAAGAUAUAA